AUGUUGAACGCCCCCCUUCCCCACUCGGCCAAGGCCCAGUACAAGACCAUGGCCCCGGGUCAGAGCAUCAAGCGCUCGCUCAAGCACUCCCUGCAGCAGAAGGAGGAGGUGCCCUUCAACCCUGUGAACGUGCGUUCGCAGAUCAUCUGCACCGUCGGUCCGGCCACCAACAACGUGGAGAUCCUCUCCGAGCUGCUCAAGAACGGCAUGAGCGUCGCCAGGCUCAACUUCUCGCACGGCAGCUACGAGUACCACGCCAGCGUCAUCCAGAACGUGCGCGCCGCGUCCAAGGCCACUGGCCACACUUGUGCCAUCAUGCUCGACACCAAGGGACCCGAGAUCAGGACCGGCAAGUACAGGGACGGCAGGAAGGAGGUCAAGUUUAACGUGGGUGACUCCUACACGUGGGUCCCUGAGGAGGGCUUCCUCGGUGACGACAAGUUUGGUGCCCUCUCGUGGCUCAACAUCGCCAAGCACGUUUCGCCCGGUGACCGUAUCCUCGUCGGCGACGGUCUGCUCGCCUUCGUGGUGCUCCAGGUGUUGGACAACGGCUGGAUCGAAUCUACGGCUGAGAACUCUGGUACCAUGGGUGAGAACAAGAACGUCAACUUGCCCGGCGUGAUCGUCGAUUUGCCCGCCGUGACCGAGAAGGACAUCAAGGACAUCGAGUUCGGCGUCCAGCAGGAGGUGGACUUCAUCGCCGCUUCGUUCAUCCGUAAGGCCGAGGACGUGAGGGACAUCAGGGCUCUCCCCGGCAUCAAGGAGGCCAAGAUCCUCAUUAUCUCCAAGAUCGAGAGCCAGGAGGGUCUUGACAACUUUGAUGAGAUCGUCGAGGAGUCGGACGGUGUCAUGGUUGCCCGCGGUGAUUUGGGUGUCCAGAUCCCCAUCAAGAAGGUCGCCACCGCUCAGAAGAUGAUGAUCACCAAGUGCAACUCCGUUGGCAAGCCCGUCAUCACCGCUACGCAGAUGCUCGAGUCGAUGAUCCAGAACCCGCGUCCCACUCGUGCCGAGGCCACCGACGUUGCCAACGCCAUCUUCGACGGUUCCGAUUGCGUCAUGUUGUCGGGUGAGACUGCUGCAGGCAAGUACCCCGUGGAGGCUGUUGAGAUGAUGGCCCAGAUCUGCUAUCAGGCCGAGUCCGACAUCGACUAUAGGGCUCUCUACAGAAAGAUUCGUGAGUUGGUCAUCGCUCCCCCGAUCUCCGUUCCCGACACCAUUGCCUCGUCCUCGGUCAAGUCGUCGUGGGAUAUCGCCGCCUCCGCCAUCAUCUGUCUCACUGAGACUGGUAACACCGCCAGGCUCGUGUCCAAGUACAGGCCGUCGUGUCCCAUCCUCUGCGUCACUCCCAACGCUUAUGUGAGCCGCCAGAUUCAGAUCUCGCGAGGCUGUAUCCCUUACGUCGUGGAGUCGAUGAAGGGUACGGAUAAGGUCAUCGAGAGUGCCAUCCGGCAUGCCAAGGAUGAGCUCAAGAUCGUCAAGGCUGGUGACUUCGUGGUCAUCACGUCGGGCUUCCUCGAGGGCACGUCGGGUGCCACCAACAUGUUCCAGGUCCGUCAGGUCCCCGAGUAA